CAAAACAUAAUUCUCCCAAUUAGAAAAUAAAGAUACUUCAAGUUCAAGGUGAAGGGUACUUUUAUAAUAACAUCUUCAGCUUUGUCGGCUGAGAUUUGUGAUUUGUAUCCCGAGCGGCGUGAACAGUAACCAGCCCUAUCUCCAUGGAUGGAGAAGACAAGAAACCAAGUCUGGAAUCACCAUUGAUUUCUCAAGAAGCUGUGUUUCACUCCAGGAAUGGAGCAAAAAGAGAGGAGAUCUUGGGUGAAGUGAAGAAACAGUUGAAAAUAGCAGGGCCUUUGAUGUUAGUCAAUGUUCUACUAUAUAGCUUACAGGUGAUUUCAGUAAUGUUUGUGGGUCAUCUGGGAGAGCUAGCUCUCUCUGGUGCUUGCAUGGCCACUUCCUUUGCUUCAGUCACUGGCUUCAGCUUGAUGGAAGGGGAGAUCCUGACAUAAAUCGCUAACAAGAGGACAUUAAUCCAAUAAGAGAUGGCAUUUGCAAGGGCAGCCCCUUUGUUUCCCAACCCUGAUUUGAAAACCAACAUCCAACAAGUGAGGGUGUGGAGUAGAGUUGUGAAUCCUGUGGUUAUCAUCAUGGGAACUACAUUGUUUUGAGCUUGUAAGAAUCUAAUAUGACAUUGUAGAAGCGCAAAAGCGAAAAUGCUAGGUAUCAUAAAGUGAGCAUAAAGUCCGGCUUCAGCUGAUAUUUCUGGA